AUGUGUGAUUAUCCCAACAGGGCCUUCAUCAAAUCAGUGAAGAUGAACAGGAAAGAAAGUUUUAAUGUAUACCACAAGAUCACCAUCUGGGUACCAGAAUCAUGUCUUCUCAUUAGCAUUGGUCUGAUAGUAGGUGGAAUCAUGCACGCUGUCAAGGAGGAGCCCCCUGCUGUGUUCACCAGCAGUAUAUUCUUCCUCUACAUGCUGCCCCCAAUUGUCCUCGAUUCAGGCUACUUCAUGCCCACCAGGCCUUUCUUUGAGAACAUUGGCACGGUGUUGUUUUUUGCAGUGGUGGGGACUCUGUGGAACAGCAUUGGCAUCGGCAUAUUUCUGUUUGCCAUAUGCCAGAUUCCAGCUUUUGGUCUGCAAGACAUAGACCUCCCAGAGAACCUGCUGUUCUCUGCCAUCAUCUCGGCCGUGGACCCCGUGGCUGUGCUGAAUGUGUUUGAGGACGUGGCUGUGAACGAGCAGCUCUACAUUGUAGUGUUUGGAGAAUGUCUCUUCAGUGAUGCUGUCACUGUGGUGUUGUACAACAUGUUCAGUUUUGUGGUGGAGCUGCCAGUGACGGAGCCUGUGGAUGUGGCCUUUGGAGUACUGAGAUUCUUUGUCGUGGGGCUCGGUGGGAUGGGCGUUGGCAUCCUGUUUGGCUUUGUGGCAGCCUUCAACACAAGAUUCACCUUCAAGGUCCGAGAAAUCGAACCGCUCAUCAUACUCAUGUACAGCUACCUGGCCUAUCUGGUGGCAGAGCUGUUUGCCAUCUCAUCUGUCAUGGCCAUUGUAACCUGUGCCCUCACCAUGAAAUACUACGUUGAGGAAAAUGUUUCCCAGCAUUCCUGCACGACCAUCAGACGCGUGGUUAAGAUGCUUAGCUCCAUCUCAGAGACCCUCCUCUUCUUCUUCCUGGGGGUCGUCACCAUCACAACUAAACAUGAGUGGAACUGGAGCUACAUCCUCUUCACACUUCUGUUUGCGUUUUUAUGGAGAAGUGUGGGUGUGUUGGUGCUGACUCAGAUCAUUAACCCUUUCCGCACCAUCCCAUUCAAUAAGAAAGACCAGUUUGGCCUCGCCUAUGGAGGUCUGCGAGGUGCAAUUUCAUUCGCCUUGGCCUUCACGCUUCCUGAUAACAUUGGCCGCAGGCAGCUCUUUAUCACUGCCACCAUUGCAAUUAUCCUCUUCACUGUCUUUAUUCAGGGCAUCAGUAUCCGACCUCUGAUUGAGGUCAUCAAUGUCCGAAGAACAAACCGCGACACUGAAACCAUUAAUGUAGAGAUUCACAGCAGGCUCAUGGAGCACACUGUAGCGGGAAUAGAAGAUCUCUGUGGCCACUGGAACCAUUUCUACUGGAAGGACAAGUUUAUGAAGUUUAACAACAGAAUCCUGCGUAAGAUCCUCAUCCGAGACAGCAGGGCAGAGUCCAGUAUUGUGGCGCUCUAUAAGAAGCUAGAGCUGCAGAAUGCCAUGGAAAUCCUGGACACAGUGUCUGGAGAUAUCAGUGAGACAAAGAAAAGGUCUACUAAACCCCACAAAAAGCUCCUGGCUGCUGACCUGAAGAACAUGCGUGAGAUCCUGUCCAAGAACAUGUACAAGAUCAGGGAGCGGACGGUAGCAUACAGAGGAAAGCAUGCCCUGCCCAAUGACAGCCAGACCAGAGAGAUACUGAUCAGACGCCAUGCCAGCAUUCGCCGAAGCCUCCAGUCUGGUAGUUUUCAGUCAAUGGAUGUGCCCAGGUCAUGCAAGUACUUCUCUCUUCCUGCUGGAAAGAGUCUGGAUUCAAGAUUUUCUGUAGUGAGGCAGAGCUACGCAGGAUGGUCCAGUGCGUCCUAUGCUAAAGGAGAUGAUCAUGAAACCAAAUCAGAAUUUGCCUAUCCCUCUCAACGCUCCCGGUUUGGCAAGCCCACACGCUCCACCUCCAGAGCCAUGAUGCCUAUGCACAGGCUGGGCACUCUAAAAGAAGUACCAUCUACUGAUGUUCUGAAUGAACAAAGCAGCAGUACGGGGCAGCGUGUGUUCAGGACACACUCGUCCUACAGUGACUCGCAGGUACCUCAUUCUCAUCACUUAAAUUCCUCCUUUGAUAACAGCUCAGCGGACAACUUAAGAAAUGGCCACGGAGAAGCAGACGCAGAGCAGGAGGCGCGGCGUCAGCCUUCGUCUCCUCUGCCAGCCUGGGCUGCUGAACCCAGAGACAACACAGCUCGAAACCCCCUGCUCAGGCGACCUCAUUGGAACCCCAGCAAGAAGUAAAAGUGUUGCAGUUGAACUUCCUUCACCUGUGGUGCAGUCGCAGCUGGAAACGUAUGCUUACGAGUGUAGUAACUAACUUUAAAGCCAUUUAAAAUAACUCUAGAGAUGUCUUAAGUUCUCACUCACGAUAUACCACCCUUCAAAAUGGACUGUAAGACUUUCAGUGUCAUACUCCUCACACUCACAGCAAUCUGUGAGUGACUCACUACCAUUAUUUUUAUAUGUGCACUUAUUUCAUCUCGUCAUAGAAUUUAAUUUUAAAUAUCUUUUAUCUUGCUGCAGGAAUUUCUAAAUGUGAUUAG